CUCAGCCAGCUCCCUCAAAGAAGAGCCCGGCUCCCCAGCCUCCCCAGCCCUCAGCCACCCCUCCUCCUUCACAGCCCGCUGUGGAGGACCAGCCUGAGGGUGAAUGGCCAAUUGCCCCCCCUUCUGUCGCUGAAAGCCCUCCUGGCAGCCCCACUACCUCCGAGCCAGUUCCCAUGACCAUCGGAGCCGAGCUGAUUGAGCUGGUACGGAAGAACACGAGCCUGAGCUACGAGCUGUCGCGAGUCGCCGUGGGCGUGGUGGUGGGCCACCUGCAGACCGCCUUACCUCAGGCCUCCUCUGCUCUGGAGCAGGUCCUCCUCUCUCUGGUGGAAAGCAAGGUCAGAUGUGUUUACUUUACAUCGUGUGGAUUCAGCGUCCUGGAGCCCUGCCAGCUGAAGGGAGAAUACCAGUACAGUUUAGAGUUACAGCUCGGUCUGCUUUUAGAUGACAUUUCUCACUGAGUGCAGUUCUCACAGUAUCACUCACUCAUUUCCUGUUUGUGUCCUGCAAGCUUUGCCGUGUCAACCCAAACUGGAAAUGAAGUGCUGGUUCUCCCCUUGGCAGACAGUUCCUCUUUUUCUUCCCAGUGUAAAGUUGGAGGUAGACUUCUGUAACUACCAAACAUGAGUAGCUGAGAGCUUCUGGCUGCAUCCCAUACACUCACAUGGUGACACCUGCACACACUGCUUAUCCAGUAAGGAAGCCUGUGUGGUCCAUAAGACGUUAAACCUGGUCCUCUGAAAGUGAGGUCAUCUGAACUAGUUAGAGGUCUUUAGAUUGGUCGCUCUCUAAGUUGAAUAUUUUGUUUGAAUUCUUCUAACCUCACCAGUCUGAUGGAGAAGACCUCCUCCACCUUCUCACAGACACUGUAGCGUGAAACAGAAAAUGAUUAAUCUGGUAUCACCCUCUAAUGUUGCUCUAAUUAAUAAUAUGAUGUUAUUUAAACAUAAAAUAACUGUUAAAAGUAAGAAAGGGCUCUGUGGCUCAUAUUUUUGGUUAUUCGAUGCCAAAAGUCAAGAGCAGUCGGUGUAAUUCUUCAUUUCUAAAUCUCCUGAAGACCACCUCUUUGAGGGCAGCAAGACUCUGUGUAGAUGAAUCAGGACCAGAUGAAUCCAGAUCGUGCCACACAAAAACUGCACAGCACCGAAAAGCAGAAAUUCAAGUUAACUCCUGGCUCUUUAGCUGACACAGUGUAACAGUUAGCUGUUAAAAAACCCACUUUAAUAAAGGUUCAGAGCGAGUGAAUACUUGAUGUCAUAAAUUUAACAUAUUACAACUUUAUGAGAAAGCUAAAUUUAACUUCUGGGUGUCAAUGAAGUUUGACUCUAUCUUACCUUUAAGGUAUUUAGAACAAAUGAAUGUUUAUGUUGCUCUGUGUCCUCUGGCUGUUCAACAACAGGCUAAAAGUUCAGGUGUAUGAUUGAAGUUUCCCUGAUGAGUUUUUUUACCUUUAUGAAAUCGACUGAAAUUCUUGAUUAUGCUUUUUUAUGAUGCACAAAAUUAGGAUGAACAUAUUCUGAAUCCCCAAAAAGAGGACACUACCAUGCGGGGCAGAGUCGCACGUGAAAUUUUGAGGGUUUUUCAGGUCGGGUCGAGUGUUUUUUUUUUUUUUUUUACAUGCUUCUGACUCUGAGUUAGUCCAUGCUAAACAAACUUAAAACUUCCAUACAAAACACCGGAUUUUUAAAGGAUUUUAUAAACUCCCCUAGACAGGCUGGACAGCCCCCCAAAAAGAGGACAUGUUCAGGUAAAAGAAGAUGGUCACCCGACACAAAAGCAAACAAGACCAUAAACAAUAGUGAUCGUUUUUGUAUUGUAGUUUUUAAUGCCUCAGUCCAGUGUAAAGGGGGGUAGGUGUCAGCCAAGCAGCUAAAGAAACAUCGCUGAUUUUACAAUCAUCACAUUAAAUAUUUACAAUAGAUGAUAAUUUGACUGUCAUAAGUUACCAUGAUGAGAUUUUUGGUCAAAACAUUGAAAAGAUGAGAUAAACUGAGACUGUUUUGUCAAAAGGAGGCACCAAAACUGACAAAAGUUCCCUACAGGAGCUUUAAAUGAUCGUAUCAUUAGAUGAUAAUAUGAUGGUGUUUAGCCAACAGUAUGUUGCUUCUCCACAUUUAGUUAUUUCUGUUUUCUAUCGAUCUUACUUUGGUUUUUAAUUUCUGUUAAAAUCUCGUUGAUUCCUUUGAAAAUGAGAGAUAAAAACUUCACUAAUGUAAGGAGAAAGAGUUAGUUUCUGUUCAAGAAUAAGAAAUGUUGCUCUGGACUGAUAUUUAAGUAUCAGCAGAAACAGGUGUGUCAUGAUGUCACGUGUCUCUUCAGGAACUGAACACUGGGCUGCCGCAGGGUCAGGUUUGUCACGAUGAACAGAGGCUGGAGGUGAUAUUCAGCGACCUUGCCCGUCACAGAGACGACUCCCAGCAGCGGAGCUGGGCGCUUCAUGAAGACCACGCUCUGAUCGCCUGUUACCUGGAAGAGCUGCUGAAGAUACUGGUACGGUUUCUGAAACUGCUGUCUUCUCUCUCCUGCUGGAGUCGAUGUAAUGAAGUGUGAAAAAGACAUUUUUAAAGUAAAAACGUCAAACUUAUUGUUAUAUAAUAACAGCAAUGAAACAAGUUCAGUCGUGUCAGGAACGACCGUUUUCAGGGGGAGCUGACUUCAUUAUAUAAAGUGUCCCCUCAGGAUCAGUCUGUGAUGGGUCCACAGGACUCGUCCAGAUGUUGCGCUGCAAAUUCCAGACACGUUUGAUAGGAUCAGAGCGGCUCAGACGACCUUACAAAUCCAACAGCGUGAUUUAAGACCGGAUCUGUAAACUCUUCAGGCGGCCAAAUGUUCUUUGUUGGCACUUUGUCCUGACCAGAUCAGAGCUUUGAUGUCCUGAUGAGUCGUUAAUGGGCUUCAUAAUCCGAUGGUGUGUUCAGGGACUGUAGCCGAUCAUAGUAAAAAUAGAAAUGAUGCAGUCACAUCUAAGAGCUAUUUUUUCUCUCCUUAGACUGAUGCAGAUCCAGAGGUGUGUAAGAGGAUGUGCAAGGCCAACCACUACGAAAAUGUGCUGUCUCUGGUUUCCUAUUAUCAGAUGGUAAGACAGAACGAUAAGACUUUAAAACAGCUUUUAGUAACAAAACAAAUUCUAUUCAGGGACACUUUGCUGUCGGGUUCAUCUUGAAAAGUAACAUUGAUCAGGAGGAUCACAGCCAAACUGUCCUCCAUGCUGGACAGUGACUCUCACACCCUCCAACACACACUCACUGCACUGAGGAGCUCCUUAAGGGACAGGAUGCUCCACCCAAAGUGUGUGAUGGAGAGGUAUCGCAAGUUGUUCCUUCCUGCAGCUGUCAGACUCCAAAACAGGAACCUUAAUGUGCAAUGAAUCCUAUUUUCCUAUUAUUAUGUCAAUUCUGUACUGAUGUUAAUAUGAUGCAUGUAAAUUUUUUAACUCAAAGUUUCUUUAUCUUUUAAUUUUCCUCUUUUUGUAUCGACACUAUGCUGCUGUAAAUUUCCCCUCGUUGGACUGUUAAAGGAACAUCUUAUCUUCCAAAAGGACUGAGCGUCUUUCAGAAACAUAUGAGGUGUUUAGCCUCAAAAAUGUGAGCUGUAUCUUGGUGAUAGUUUGUGUGUGUUUGUUAAGUGCUUGCUCGUCGUUGUGAUCAUGUGCAGGAGCACCGUGUGUCUCUUCGGCUGCUGUUGCUGAAAGUGUUCGGGGCCAUGUGCAGCCUUGAUGCUGCUCUUAUCUCUACCUUCCUCAACUCCAUCCUCCCCAUGGAGCUGGCCAGAGACCUGCAAACUGACACACAAGGUGAGCGUCUUACUGUCUCUUCACUACUUUCACUGUUUCUGACUCGUUCAAUAUUCUCCAGGAUUCAAAUUUGACAUCACAGUCAAGUAUUUAUGACUGGUUUUACUUUCCUCAGAACACCAGAAGAUGUGCUACACCGCUCUGGUACUCACAAUGAUCUUCUCAAUGGGAGAACAGGUGCCAUAUCAUCACUAUGGUAUGAAAUAUUUUGUUUUUACCUCUGCAUAGAGAAACAGACAUUUCUCCUCGUCAGGUGAAUUGAAUGGCUCAUGUUUAAUCCUGUCGCUCUCUGCUGUCAGAACACUUGAACGCAGACUUUGUUCAGUUUCUGCUGGGCGUGGUGGAGGACGGCCUUCCCUCUGAUCCUACAGACCAGCUGCCUGACAUCUUCCUGAACCUCGUUCUGUCCUUCAACCUGCAUCACACGGGUGAGAACAGCAGCUGUACUGUUCACCAUUUCACAGCAAAUGAUUCAAUCAGUCUUAGUGGGAAAUUCUCAGAACAAAUAUAUAAAAGUACAGCUAUCUAAUGCCCUGAUUUACCUACAGAAGAGCUUUAAUUGUCUCCUCACUGGUACUUUUUGCCUCCCACCUGCAGCACCCAGUAGUAAUGUAAUCAUGCAGGAGCUGAAGAAGAAGAACGUGAAGAUCCUGUCGGAGAAAGUGCUGCUCCUUCUGAACAGAGGAGGUAAGAUAUCAACACUUAUUUAUAAUGUGUCUCGAUGUUCAUCUAUGCUCUCAGUGCCCUGACCUCAUCACUCGCUCUCUGUCCUCCUCCCCUCCAGACGACCCCGUGUGUAUGUUCAAACACACCCCGCCUGCGCCACACUCGGUGCUCAAGUUUCUGCAGGAUGUUUUUGCCAACAGAGAGACUGCUGACAUCUUCUACAGCACCGACAUGAUGGUGAUGAUCGACAUCGCUGUUCGGCAGAUAUCUGAUCUUUCACCUGGAGACAAGGUGAGACCUGUUGACAGCUGAUAAAGGUUUCCAGGCUGUAAUGAUGUCAUUUUAAAUUUUUGAUUUGACAUUUUAAAUUCAUUUUGAAAUGUUUUCUUCCUAAUUGGUGUUGAACUUUUCAGUCAAGUUUUGGAAGUAUUAUCCUGCAUGGGUUUUCCUCUGAUAUCAUACUCUGGAUCGGAAACUCAAAUGCUGAGUCUCUGAGUUUUUGAAUAUAAAUUUGGAAUUUUUAAGAUGAGUAUCAAUCCACCGCCCACAAAUUGAUCAUAUACAGGAAAGAAAAUAAACAGUGGACAUACUUUAUUUGAAUAUAAAGCAACACGUCCGAGAAACCAUUUACAACAGCCAAUGCAAGUGUCCAGACACCGACCAGAAAUUGUUUACAAGGAAGUGGCUGAAGUUAACAACAUUAGAAUGAAGCAGCUGAGGUACUGAAAAACAAAAAUUCCAAGUCUCUGCUAAACUGGUUAUUUUGGGUUCAGAUCUUCAAGACUGUGACCGGUCUUCUUUUGAGAAACGAUGGAUCAUUCUGGCUCUUACCAUAGCCAAAAAAAAUCCUUCUGAGACACUGGAGGAAGAAGUGUCCACCUCUUCAUGAAGAAUGGCCCACGACUGUGACUCAGUUAGCAGUUUAUGAGAGAGUAACAUAUUCUCUGUUGGACAAGAUAGAUCAAUAUAUGCUUACAUGGGGCCCUUUCACUGCUUAGCCUCCAGUAUCUGUAACUUAAGAGGUCAAUCCAGCAGUCAGAUCCAUUUUAAUAUUUGAUAGAUGUCGCCAACUUGGGGAACAGUGCGCACUUUUAAUUGAUUGUUUUCUGUUCAUUUUCUGCUUUGUUAGUCCAUGUUUGUUUCUCUCACGUUGUAUGUUUAAGCACAAGACUCUAUGAAGAAAAUGAGAAACUAUUUUUGAAAAUUUUUAUUAUUAUAUACAUUUUUUUUUCCUUUCCUUUUUCCUUCGUAAAUCUAUACUUAAAACCCAAUUAAAAUGUUAAAUACAAAAAAAGAAUAAGGCAGUUGUAUCAGAUGUAAAGUCGUCAACUCUUUCCACAUUUUCAUCUCUUGUCUCAUCAGCUUUUCAUUAAAACAGAGAUGAUGAAUUGUUACCUGCCAACAGUCAGAUACGCUGUGUUCACACCCUGAAACACAACAGCACAGCUUAAUAACAGCUUUUGAACAUCACAUUCCUGAUGACAGAAACAGCUGUUGACUCCAUGUCUAGAAUAAUUAUAUGUCCCAAAAUGUUCAGUCCCUCCUUUAAUGACGUAUCAGCAGUUUGUUUCCUCAUGUGGUUGUAAUUUUUCUUCUUCUUCUCCCUAUAAAGCUGCGGAUGGAGUAUCUCUCCCUCAUGCACUCCAUUAUACGCUCAACGGACUACCUUGAACACCAGCACCGCCUGUCCGACCUGCAGGGAGCGCUGCAGAGGAUCCUCAGGGAGGAAGACGAUCCAGGAGAAGAGGAGGGGUGUGCUACAGCAAAACAGAUGGAUAAGCUAAUCGUACAACAGAUCUACAAGGAGUUUCCACAGAUCCAUGAGAACUAGGACUAACCAUAUCAGUAUCAUGCUCACACACUGUAGUCUGCUCCUGUCUGCUGCAGGGAGGUACAGCAAAGCGUGAAGAAGAGGAGCUGGCGUUUGAUUGGACACCCUGAUUCCUACGCCACUUUGCCAGUUUUUUUCUGGACUCUCAGUCCAGGGCUGCGGCGUGCAUGUUAUUUUUGCUGUGCAAGGUCUUUGAGAAGAAUGAGUAUAGCAAAUUCUUAAACCUGUGAGGUUUGGCCAGUACUGGAGAUUAAAAUAAGCCUAAAUAAAUGCCAAACAUAGAUCUGUUUUAUGUGAAUUCCCAGCAGAACAACUUUAAAAGGUCGUUUGACGUACUCAGUAUUUUGAAUUUGAGUAGAAGUCACAGAGACUUCAGCCUUUUCUGAGCAAAUUUACCCUGAAAAGUAUUUAUUUUCAUAACAAGUUGAAAUAUUUUGAGUGAAUAAGGCAGAUGUGAAGCCAUGUUACCAACAGUAGUGCCAUAGGUUGAACCAUUGCAAGAAUACUUUGACCCUGGAUGUGCUUCCCUGUAAAUCGGACCAAACUACUGUGUGUUACUGAAAGCAUUAUUUUCUUAAAAGAUAAAAUACUCUUAAAAACGGACUUCUCUAUCGUUCAUCUCUGUAGAAUUCAAGUGUAGUGAAUAAUAGUGGGAAAAAAAGCACAGUCAGACCUGUGUUAUCUGAGCAGUUAGCCGUGUUAUUGCUGCUACAUAUCAAGUCUCUCCUGUGGCUGUGACUGCAGUUUUCUGAAUCCGGUACUUUUGUCUUUACUGCUUUUCAAACACUUGGAGAUGAUCACGCUGCACUCACAUAUGCAAAGCUCCUCAAGCAUCAGAACUCGAUGACUCUUGACAGAUUCAUGUUCGUCCAUAUGCUGCAUUCAUAUUCAAUCUUGCUGUGCUGCACUAAGGCUUUGUAGAAGCUUGUCCUCUCGCUGUAGUAUAACGAGUAUCAGCUGAUGUCAGCUACAGCUUUCUGGAGGCAAAAGUGAUCGACCCUGAUCAUUCAGACGAUUCAUUUUUCAGUGUUUCUGCCGAGUUGAUCUUCGAUCUGAAAAAAGGAGGAGGAGGAGUACAGAACUUAUCUCCUCGUGGUUUAAAUACUCAACACUUUACACUAACAGACAAUUCCUUGUUUCUCCAUGGUGUAGUGAUUGUCGUUUCCCAUUUUAAACUUGACUUUCCUUUUAUUGUCUCUGGCAUGACUUCCCUGAAAACGUGUUUCUGAGAGGUAGACACAAACAAAGAGAAGAGGUUUUUUUUUGUUUAUGUCUGACUGUUUCUUUAAUUAUUUGUGUGUCUGUUUACUGUGCGUGUGAGAGGGGUGAGUGUCUCUUAUUAUGAUUAACAUUGUCUGGAAAAGUGAUGCAAUUCUGUAACAAUACAACUAAUAAAGCUAUAUUUUAACAGUGAGA